ACGCGCAGAACAAAUCGUUUCCGGCAACAGAUCAAGUGUCAAAAUGGCGGCCCUUCCUUCGGCGGCUCUGCAGCGUCUUGUGCGUUGAGACGUGCGUUGACAGCAGCGGAGGACGGUAACGGUCGACGGUAACGACGAUGUUAUCGAUGACUGAUGACGAUAAAAUCUCGACCGCAGUUCAGACACGUAACAAGCUACUUCGCUAGCAAGGAUGGCGAGGAUGUUGCGGCGGGUGGCUGUGGUCGGGGCCGGAGCGGCAGGACUCUGCGCAGCCAGACACAUCCUGUCUCGUCCAAACACCUUCACUCAUCCAGCGGUGUUUGAGCUCAGCGACAACGUCGGCGGCACCUGGUGUUAUGAGGAGCGAGUGGGCACACAUGACAACGGCCGGCCGGUCCACAGCAGCAUGUACAGAGACCUCAGAACCAACCUGCCCAAAGAGGUCAUGAUGUUUCCUGAUUUCCCCUUUGACCCUGAGCUCGGCAGCUUCCUGCCUCAUCAAGAGGUGCGGAAGUACCUGCUGAGAUACUGUGAAAGCCACGGCAUCCGGCCGCACAUCAGGUUCAACACUGUGGUGGAAAACGUCAAACCUGUUGCUGUGGCGGCGGGGGACGGGGGCGAGACGACGAUGUGGGAGGUGACCUCAUCCGAAUCGCCGGGUUGUCGGAAGACCGAGACCUUUGACUCGGUCUUUGUCUGCGUAGGACACUACUCAAACCCACACAUCCCAAACAUACCAGGGAUACAGAACUUUAAAGGAAAAGUGCUGCACAGUCACUCGUACCGGUUUGCGGAGCCGUUCUCGGGACAGUCGGUCGUGGUCCUGGGAGCCAAAGCGUCAGGACUGGACAUUUCCUGCGAACUGGCUAAAGUUGGUGCAGAGGUGACUCUGAGUCAUCGUGCUCCUCGUCUCUCUGUCCCUCUUCCCACUGGGAUUCGCCAGUCCAGUACAGUGGUGGCGAUCGAAGACGACGGCAGAAUUCGCUUCCAGGACGGCUCGGUGGCCGGGGCUGACGUUCUCCUCUUCUGCACUGGCUACAACUUCAGCUUUCCCUUCCUGGACGCGAAUCGGCUGGGUCUGGACAUCCAGGACCACUCGGUGUCUCCGCUGUACCACUUCCUGUUUCCCCCCGCCUUCCCGUCGCUCAUCUUCAUCGGCAUCUGUAAACUCAUCUGUCCUUUCCCCAACUUCAACUGCCAGGUCCAGUUCGCGCUGGCAGUGUUGGACGGCUCUGUCACUUUACCGCCUCGGUCACAGAUGGAGGACGAGGUCCUGCGGGAGCAGCAGGAGAAGCUGCAGCGUGGAGUCAAACAGCGCCACCUGCUGGUGCUGCAACACACUCAGUGGGAUUACUGCCAGAUGCUGGCUCGCACUGCCGGCUUUGCACCACUGCCCGCGGUCGUGUGCAGUCUUUACGAGGAAGUGUGGCGGCAGCGGCGGAUCCACCCCCAGAACUAUCGCAGACUGAACUACAGGCUGGUAAGCGACUCGGAGUGGAGGCUGAGCGACGGAGAAACGCUGACGGUUUCAUAGGUGAAUGUCUGUUGCAGUGGAGACAGUUGUUGACUGUAAACAAAUAAACACUGACGUAAACGUU